ACAUACUUGUGUGCAUCACAGAGGAAGGAGGAACUUCCUGAAAUGAAAAUGUUCUGCAAUAAUAGCCGUUUCUCUGUCAAACCGCGACUGCUAUCUCAAACUGCACUUCCUUUCUGAGAGCUUGAUAGCAUCCUCCAUGAUAGAAUCAUCUCUAACUAUGGUGCUCAGCGGUCACAGGAGUCGGUGGUCUCUCUUCCUGCUGGCUGCUUUUUUUCAAGGUGUCCAUCUGCAGAAAAAUGACGGCUCUGUCCACUUUGUCUCGGCUCCCGAGAAGCCGUCUGAGAGUCAGAUCUACCGGCCUGUCCUGCAACCCUCUGAGGCCAUUCCCACACCAGGAACCUACAUGUUGAAGAGCCUGCUUGGGACUCCCUGCAUCAAAGCCACCAUGGGGGCAGAGUACAUUGUCAUCGAAAAGAAGAAGACGUGGUACUUCAGCUUGGACCCAUCUCGAGUUAGGAUCAGUGGUUAUUGUGUCAAAGACGUUGCUGUUCUGUCCCUCACUAUGCCCAACAACGCUGCCAGUCUACAGUUCACCUUCAAAAGGGAGAAGAAACAUUUCUAUGUCACCAGGCUAACAGCCCAUUUGAUUCCUCACCCGGUCUGCAAAGGAUGUCUUAAUAAGACUUAUUCUGGUUUGCUGGACCAUGAGAAGCUUUUCAAGACAGCUAAUGGUAAAAGCUUCAAGUGUCAAUCAGAGCAUUUGCUUUUGGCCUCGUCUGAGCUCAGGAUCAAGCUGUAUCCACUGCAGAUGCAGGCCUUCAGUGUGCCCAAAGGACAGUAUGGAAAAGAGGUGGAAUGUUGGGCAGAUUUUAACAAGCGAACCAUUCCUAUCAUCAUCGGGGCCGUUGUGGUCGGGAUCAUCUUGAUCAUUGUGCUGAGCUUCUUGUUUAUUAGAGAUCGCCGCACACGAGGAUAUGAAAGACUUUGAUCUUGUUGUGAAAUUGGUUGGAGAUUUACUCCAUCUGAAAGACUUCUACAGCAUCAUAAAAACCCCCAUGUAACAGAUACUGAUUUGACAUAUUUGUAGUCAAACUAUUUUUUUUAAUGCAGUACAUAUUUGUUCUGUAUAUUCUCUCAUUGUUAUUGAGUUUUGUUAUUAAUAUUCAGAAUCAUGUAUUGGGAGCUGUACCUCAGUGUUGGGUUAUUUUAAGUUAGCUGCAUAUACAUACAUUAUUUGAUUAAAGUAAGGAGGUAUGAUGAAAAUGUAUUUGUGAGCUUCCACCUGACAUUCCAAGUGUAUUCAGGAGAAAUGCUUUUUGGUUUUCUAUGUUAGCAGUCCCUUGUCAUCUUUUGAAUCUGUAUCACCCUCAUUUUAGCUGGACCUGAAUAUUUGCUUUAGGGCCAAUAAUAGAAUGUUUCAUUGUAACUUUGCUGGAUGUCCUGCUAUGGUAGGAUCUUGUGUUAUUUUUUAAAACAAAGCUCCAAUCUACCUCCCUCCCACUCAUGAACCAGCUCUUUGCUCCUCCACCAUCACCACAAUGGGACCACAUUAACAGAAUCAAUUAGACUAAGAAUGAGAGAGACCUGAUGGUUUAAUAGAUGUGAUCGAUCCUGCUUAAACGCGUCCAUCCAUGACCCAUUCGUUGUACUCUGUCCAUCCAUCUUCUAAAUCUGCUUAAUCCAGUUCAGUAUCACAGGGCCCUAUAGUCUGUAUUCAGGUCUGUCUAACACAGUCUAAAAUAAUAAAUGAAUGAAUAAACAUCAUAAAACAGA